AUGACCUAUGCUCUUGGUAUAUACGGAAGUAUGUUAACUCGAGCUCAAAAACAUGUCUUAGAAAUGACUCACCGCAAGGUAUUACUACAAAUCACUGGCGCAUAUCGCACCACCCCAUACACAUCACUCUGCAAAAUAGCGGAUAUUCCACCAUUCGAACACCUUAUCGAGUAUCAUGUCAACCUGUCGACCUGUCUAAAUGGCAACCUCUCACUACUUGACCUCCCCAGAGAUCGACCUCUCGAAAACAAAUCUUCUCUCAGCCUCUCCUCUCGCGCAGAGAAUGUUAUUCCAAUUACCAAAAUCCAUCCACCAGACGCUCCGACUGAAACUACAUUCAUUGCCUACACCGAUGGAAGUAAAACAACGGAUGGAGUCGGCUUUGGACUGGUGAUAUACGACAAUUCAGGAAAAAUAAAGCACCAGGCUAGCUUACCACUAUUCAGUUAUGCCAGCAUUUUCCAGGCUGAAUGUCUGGCGAUCAUUCGAACACUUGAGCUCAUCAACAGUCGAAUAUGUAAAGCGGGUGAAUCUGUGCACAUAUUCACCGACUCCCAGAGUAUAUUCACAUGUCUCAGGUCCCGACUCAUUCAACACCCACUGAUUGAACAGAUAAGGGAACAAAUCAUCACCACGAUAAACAAAGGCAUUAGAAUAAACAUCUCCUGGACCAAGGCACACGUUGGUACAAUCGGUAAUGAAAAGGCUGACCAAUUGGCCAAGGCAGGCAUUAGGGCCAAGACCAAGAUAAACUAUGUAGAUGUUCCCCGUUGUUUUGUUAAGCAUCAGCUUAAAGCACUGGCCAAAACAAACACAAAUAAGCGUUUGGCUCUAAACGAAUCAAAAUCAAUAAUCCCAGUUCUAGGAAACUGGAACAAGGAUCCAUACAAGCUCAACCUCGCUAAGCAAACAUUCCAACUCAUAUCCGGCCAUGGUCCCUUUCCCUCAUACCUGAAACGUUUCGGUCUGAAAGAAGAUGAAGCAUGUUUGUGUGGCGAACCAACGGCCAAUGCAACCCACUACCUGGACGACUGUCCACUAGUCGACCAAGCCAGGACGCACUUUCGGAUACAAACUGAUGUGAGAGAUGUAAAACCUUCCAAAUUCAUCGGACAUCAGCUAAAUAAUGACACCGAGGCAAUAAACAAAUUCUGUAAAGAAGUCAUCAGAAUAAUAAGAAAAGAAGGCAUCAACAGAUGA